AUGUCGAAAUCAACGCUCGCCAUGUUUGCUGCUCUCGGCGCCGGAGGCGGUGCCGCCCUCACCGCCGCAGUCUACUCGCUGCGCUCCUCCUCCUCCAGCACCAAGAAGCCCGAGCCCACCAUCGCAUCCUCCACAACCACCGUCUCCAGCACGGCCACGGCCCCCGCGCCGCUGCCCUCCGCCCUCGCCGUCCCGCCCACGCAGGUCUUCACGCCCGCGGGCGUCGCCGGCCCCGUCAACCCGGCCGGCCUCUUCGAGUACGGCUUCCCCGGCCCCGUGGCCGACGUCGCCAGCCGGUCCGCCCUCAUCUCGAGCUACGACCGGCGCACGCGCAACCCGCACUGGGUCGUCGAGCACAUCACGCCCGCGUCGCUCGCCAUCCGCGACGGCGACCGCAAGAACAGCGCCUUCCUCGAGGACGACGCCGUGCCCACCAAGUUCCGCGCCCUCCUCAAGGACUACUACCGCAGCGGCUACGACCGCGGCCACCAGGUCCCCGCCGCGGACGCCAAGUGGUCGCAGCGCGCCAUGGACGAGACCUUUUACCUGUCCAACAUGUGCCCCCAAGUCGGCGAGGGCUUCAACCGCGACUACUGGGCGCACUUUGAGGACUUUUGCCGCCGCCUGACGAUCCAGUACCCCUCCGUCCGCAUCGUCACGGGGCCGCUCUACCUGCCCCGAAAGGACCCCGUCGACAACAAGUGGUACGUCAAGUACGAGAUGAUUGGCAGCCCGCCCUCGGUCGCCGUCCCGACGCACUUCUACAAGGUCAUCUUCGCCGAGGACGGCAAGGCCGGCGGCAACGUCUCCAUCGGCGCCUUCGUCCUGCCCAACGCCCCGAUUCCCAACGAGAAGCCCAUCACCGACUUCGAGGUCCCCGUCGAGGCCGUCGAGCGCGCCAGCGGCCUCGAGUUCGCCACGAAGCUGCCCCUCCAGCGACGCAAGAGGCUGUGUGCCGACACAACGUGCGCUCUCGUCAUCCGCGACUACGCCGACCGACAAAAGGCUUUUGCAAAGGGCGCCCAGCGCGCCAUUACCCCGCCUCCGCCGAAGCCGUAG